AUGGCAUUCACUCCCAGCUAUUCUUAGGAGCCUCCCAGGAGCUCCACGCAGCCUGGCCAGGCAAGGAACAGAGCAGAGGCAGCUGCAGUCAGCACCAGCAUGUCUUACAGUGUAACCCUGACGGGCCCUGGGCCCUGGGGCUUCCGACUACAGGGAGGCAAGGACUUCAACAUGCCCCUCACUAUCUCCCGGAUCACACCAGGCAGCAAGGCGGCCCAGUCCCAGCUCAGCCAAGGAGACCUUGUGGUGGCCAUCGAUGGUGUUAACACAGACACCAUGACCCACCUGGAGGCCCAGAACAAGAUCAAGUCUGCCAGCUACAACCUGAGCCUCACCUUGCAGAAGUCCAAGCGUCCUAUUGCCAUUUCCACAGCGGCACCAUCAAUCCAGUCCCCACUGCCGGUGAUCCCCCACCAGAAGGACCCUGCUCUGGACACGAACGGCAGCCUGGCGACUCCCAGCCCCAGCCCUGAGGCAAGGGCCAGCCCGGGCACCCUGGGCACCCUGGAGCUUGGGGGCACCUUUAGCUCCUCCUUCUCCCAGACCUCUGUCUGCUCCUCACACAUGGAGGCCUUGGAUCCUGGCCUUCCACAGGACAGCUCAGUGGCCAAGGCUAGCCCAGAGAAUGCACGGGGCCCACUCAGGCCCAAAGUUCUGCCAGGCCCAGGCCAGCCGAGGCAAUAUAACAACCCCAUUGGCCUGUACUCGGCAGAGACCCUGAGGGAGAUGGCUCAGAUGUAUCAGAUGAGCCUCCAAGGGAAGGCCUCAGGUGCUGGACUCCUAGGAGGCGCCGACUACCAGGAACGCUUCAACCCCAGUGUCCUGAAGGACUCAGCCCUGUCCACCCACAAGCCCAUUGAGGUGAAGGGGCUGGGAGGCAAGGCCACCAUCAUCCAUGCCCAGUACAACACACCCAUCAGCAUGUACUCCCAAGACGCCAUCAUGGAUGCCAUCGCCGGGCAGGCCCAGGCCCAGGGCAGUGACUUCAGUGGGAGCCUCCCUGUGAAAGACCUGGCUGUGGACAGUGCCUCUCCCGUGUACCAGGCUGUCAUCAAAAACCAAAGCAAGCCAGAAGAUGAGGCUGAUGAGUGGGCCCGCCGGUCCUCCAACCUGCAGUCUCGCUCCUUUCGCAUCCUGGCCCAGAUGACAGGGACAGAAUAUAUGCAAGACCCUGAUGAAGAGGCUCUGCGAAGGUCAAGCACCCCUAUUGAGCAUGCUCCAGUGUGCACCAGCCAGGCCACCACCCCGCUGCUGCCCGCUUCUGCCCAGCUGCCUGCUGCUACCUCUCCCAAUGCAGCCUCGCCAUCCCUGGCCACAGCCACUGCUGCCCAUGCUGCCAUCGCCUCUGCUGCAGCCCCUGCCUCAAGCCCUGCGGACAGUCCAAGGCCUCAGGCCUCUGCCCACGGCCCUGCAGCAGCCGCCUCUCCAGCAUCCACUGCCCAUACCAGCUACAGUGAGGGUCCAGUUGCCCCUGCACCCAAGCCCCGGGUUGUCACCACUGCCAGCAUCCGGCCUUCUGUCUACCAGCCAGUGCCUGUGUCUACCUACAGCCCAUCCCCAGGGCCCAAUUACAGUCCAAGUCCCUAUACUCCCUCACCUGCUCCUGCCUAUACUCCCUCUCCUGCACCCACCUACACCCCCUCCCCUGCUCCCACCUACUCCCCUUCCCCUGCACCAGCUUAUACUCCCUCACCGGCCCCAAACUAUAACCCUUCACCCUCCGGGACCUACAGCGGGGGCCCCUCAGAGUCUACCAGCCGUCCUCCCUGGGCAACUGAUGACAGCUUCUCUCAGAAGUUUGCUCCUGGCAAGAACACCACCUCCAUCAGCAAGCAAACCCUGCCCCGAGGGGCCCCAGCCUAUACCUCAACAGGUCCUCAGAUGACCCCUCUUGCCAGGGGCACUGUCCAAAGAGCUGAGCGCUUCCCAGCUAGUAGCCGGACUCCACUUUGCGGCCACUGCAACAAUGUCAUCAGGGGCCCUUUUCUGGUAGCUAUGGGCCGCUCCUGGCACCCAGAAGAGUUCAAUUGUGCCUACUGCAAGACCUCCCUAGCAGAUAUGUGCUUCGUGGAGGAGCAGAACAAUGUUUACUGCGAGCGGUGCUAUGAGCAGUUCUUUGCCCCACUCUGUGCCAAAUGCAACACCAAAAUCAUGGGGGAAGUGAUGCACGCCCUGCGACAGACAUGGCACACUACCUGCUUCGUCUGUGCAGCCUGCAAGAAACCUUUUGGAAACAGCCUCUUCCACAUGGAAGACGGAGAGCCAUACUGUGAGAAAGACUACAUCAAUCUGUUCAGCACAAAGUGUCACGGAUGUGAUUUCCCAGUGGAGGCUGGUGACAAGUUUAUCGAAGCCCUGGGGCACACCUGGCAUGACACCUGCUUCAUUUGUGCGGUCUGCCAUGUGAAUCUGGAGGGGCAGCCAUUUUACUCCAAAAAAGACAAACCACUGUGCAAGAAGCAUGCACAUGCCGUCAACGUGUAGUGGCCCAGAGUGUCUGAUUCAGCUGAGGCCCGGCUACUACUGACAAAGGAUUCAAGGAAGCUGAUGUUUCUUUGGGGCAAAGGGGAAGAGAGGAAACAAUUGAGCCCUUUUGAAGUAUAAUUUUAGUCUUUCCUAGUACACACAGAUUGUGUAUUUGCAUAGUUCAGACUAGAAGCCAAAAAGAAGAUUCUAAAUGAAGCUAGUAAUUAAUCCAAGACUGGAAUUGCACUUCAGACAUUUGGGAAAGGAUUCCAAGAACUCAAAAGUGAAAAAUGAAAUGCAGUGUUCCUGAAGUGAUACACCUCCCCUGCCAUCACCCUCACCAGUGUAGGUAGGGGCAGAGCUCUGGGCAGUUAUGGAGAAUCCAAAGCAUGCAGCAGAGUUCUGAAGCAGUCCUUGGCAAGCACAAAGAUGUGCCAAACAGAACUUGCUGCUGGGUAUUUUUAGAGCUGUAGCUGAGAGCUCCUUAGCUAAGACCCAUUGGGCUUUCCUCACCAAAAAAGGAAGUGUUAUUCCAUUAGCAUUGCAGAGCCACCUCUGCACAUCAGACUUCAGACUUUGAACAAGCCUGAAGCACAUAAUGGGAGCCCAGACGUCUGAAGGGAUGUCGGGGAGCCACUGGGCAAAUGGCGAGGCUCCAGGAAGGUCUUUGGCUAAUGCUGCUGACAGCUGAGAAAAGAUGGGCCCUCUCUGCAGCUCCCCCUCUUUCAGUUGAAACAUCCAAUGACCCUGGAAGGCUUCGUUCCUUUUCGAAUUGUGAUGAGAAAGUGGAAUUGGGUUUUUCCAGUAUUGCUUUGCAAUGUGUCAGAGGAAGUUUUCAAAAGUCUCUGGGUUGGGUUUAGCCUUUGUUUUGCAUUAAGAGGCUCCUGGGUAUGAGAGUUCUCUGCAUGUGUAUUUCAUCCCCUACCCACAACCUCUCAUUUACAACAUCUUCCUUAGCCCUACUCCGACUCCCACCCCUGAAGAGACUCGGUGGGAAAAAAAGGGAGACAGUGUCUGACACAGCAUGAGCAGACCAAGCUAGCAUGCCCAACCUGUGGGUGAGGAGAGGAACUUCCUUACUGCCAGCCUCAGGAGGAAUGCACAGACUGCAGGAUCUCCCCCUUCAGGGCUGUACCCUUCUCUUUACCUGUUCCUUUAAAUGCGUCACACCAGUUAGAUAGAUGUGCUGACUGCUGCAAAAUAAUAAUAAUAAUUAAUAAUAAUCGGUGCAUUUGCCAUUUGGGCCAAUAUUUUGAAAAUGUACCAGCUGCGUUGAUCUGGAGUACUUAUUGAAAUAGACUUGACCUUCAAACUCCUUUACAGUACAGGUGGUAGCUGGAGUUAGGUGAGCAUGGGGACACUAUUGAGUAGUAAAGGGAACAGCUUCCUUUCUGAGGGAGAAGAUGGUCUGGUCUCUUUCCUUUCUAGGAAGUACUGUUAGGAUGGUCAUUGAAAAUGGCACUCCUGAAGGGCAUGUGUGGAUGUUUCCCUGGAGCACAGGAUUUAGGCAUUCUUCCAACUCAUUGCUACUCCCUUCUUGCCCGUUUUGGAUUUUCUCUUUGCACGUUUGAUGUUUUAUAGGAAUGUAUUAGGACUCUUUUCUUUUGAGAACUAAGCCUUCCAGGGAACUGCCAAUCUCUGUGGUCUCUUCUCCCAGGAGGACCAGGAAGCAGUCAGCUUUAUCUUAGCAGGAAGUCUGGUUUUUUUGUUUGUUUUUUUACCCAAGUGUGAAGCCACCAGUCCCCUCUAGGCAGCCCAGGAAGGGGUAGAAUUGUGUUCCUACCAAUGGACCCUUCUUUACUUUUGAUGAAAAGUUCUAGGCAGAGUGAAUUCUGCUAGGACAGCCUGGAGAUUUGUCAGGAGAUGCAGACCAGUACCUUGUGCAGUCUAUUAUUUUUAGAAAGUUCACAUAUAGAAGAACAGGGAGCUUGCUGACUAAACAGAAAGGGUCUAAGCAGUUGAUUUAAAAAGAAAAAAA